AUGGAAGUGACUGUUGCUUACAGUUCUGGUAUGAUUUUCUCGGUUAUUGAUGAGAGGAUGGGAUCUUAUCCUUCUGAUUGUGUGGAGAAGUUUCUAUCUUUGGCCCUCAAGUGUUGCCAAGAGGAGACAGAUGCCCGGCCUUCAAUGGCAGAGGUGGUUCGGCAACUUGAAAGCAUAUGGCUUAUGAUGCCACAAUCUGACACCAAAACGACAGAAUCAUCAGACAAAGACCCAGAAAUUGCAGUGACCUCUCAACCUUCCUCCUCUAUAGUGAAGAACCCUUACGUUUCGUCAGAUGUCUCUGGCAGUGAGCUCGUCAGUGGAGUCGUCCCAACUAUUACUCCUAGGUGA